CAUACAUUCAUUCAAUUAUCCAAAAGUAAAAAGAAGAAUAAAGGAAUUAAAAAUGGGAAAGGCCAAAGUUGACCUGAAUUUGCUAAACGACCAAUUUACUACUUGACCUGUUACUUGGUCUUCAGUCUUCACACCUUAUCCAAAACCUAAAUUACAUUCCUAAUUAUAAUAAUAAUAAUUUCUAGUCUCUCAUCUUUGAAGUUCUUCCUAUAAAUACUUAAAUACCUUUCUACUCAAAAAAAAAAAAACCUUUCUUUCACCAAACACAUUAUUCAAAUCAAUUCAACUCAAUUCUAAAAAAAAAAAAAAAAAAAACAACAAAAGUUAUUUCUGUUGGAAUUUUGUGACUCGAAUCAAGUCCAAGAUCAUGAAGAAGAUGAAUCAAGUGUGGGUCAAAAAUGUUGGAAUAGCCUGGAGCGCAUGCAGAGCUGCGGAGUUCUAUGCAGGGCGCAGAACAGUACGUUUUGUGCAAGAUUUAGUUUUUCCAUGUUCUUUUGACGGUUACUUAGUUUUUUGGGCCGGUUUCUUUGUAAUUGUUAACCUAAUUUCUUUGUUUUAUGAGGUAUACUAUAUAAAGGCCCCAUUGUCUUAGAAUUAGGGAUGCAAUGCAAAACAUAAAGUGAGGAAAACUAAGAAAGAAAAAGCUUGGAGAGCUAUUAUUGUGGCUUCUCGUUCAUCUUGAAUCUCUCGGUUUAUAGUGAAAAGUUUAUUCUCGGUGCUAGUGGAUGUAGCUAUCACAUUGAUAGUGAACAGCAUUAAUUUCUCGAUGUGAUUUUCUUUAAGAAAAAUUGUUUCUAAAAAGCCAACCUUUUGGCCAUCUGCAAAUAAAGGGUCAAUGUUUCAUUUAUUCAAUAAAAAGACAACUUUUUUCUCAUUUUUGCAAUUAAAGAGAUAGUUUACUGGUAACCGGUGAGCAUUUAUUUCACAUACCUACCCAUACAUAUCUGUCUCUGUCAUCACUACUUUAUUUUAAAAUUCACAAACAUCUUCCAAUUACCUUGCAAACCCACGAAAAUAGUGUUGCAUCUUCCACCUUAAUUUCACAUCUUCAACCCACGAAAAAGCCAGUUGCUGCAUCUUCAACCCCCGGCCAAACCAGUUGCUGUAUCUUCAACCCAAAAAAUCGGUCCCUUUAAUCCUUCUCUAAUGGCGACACAAAUGCAAUUUUAGGGAAAAGUUGAUUUCCACUAAAAUAUCACAACCUAAGUAGGUUUCUAAAUCUAAAUUUCUGCAAUUAAUGUCUCAUCAUUGAUAAUUGCUGAUUUGCUUAGUAAUUGUUGGAAUUUACUCUCUUAUGGUGAAAUUUGAUUAAACACAUUAGAAAUUAGGAUUUUUGUGUAAUUGUGAACAUAAUGAAUGAAAAGGUGUCUAUUAGAAUUUGGUAUGGGGGUAAAUCAAGGAAGCUAAAGGUAGUAUUAGUUAUGUUGGAGGUUUUGGUAGAAUAAUGAAAGUAGAUCCAGAUGAUUUGUCCAUGGAUUACUUGAUGAGUUUAGCUAAUAAGUGCAACGGAAAUAGAGAUAUACAAGGGCUUUUUUACUUGCUUCCAGGUUACACUUUAAAGGAUGGCUUAAGGAAGAUAAAUAAGGAAAAUGUUGUUAUUGAGUUACAUAAUGCAGUAAUUCAGAUGAGGACAAUGAAUGUGUAUAUGCUUUAUAAAUAUCUAACUUCAGCAUUCCCUGUAACUGAUCUUGAUAAAGGACCACUUGAUCAACCAAAGGUCCAGCCCAAAAAGUUAGCCCCUAGAAGGAGUACUAAUAUACCAUUGAAGAGAAGUCCUAGGAGCAAUUUACCAGCAGCCACUACUACUAAAAAGGCAUUAUUACCUGAUACUAAUGUUAACCACCCUCUUGAGCCUGAAAUUCAUUCUGAUUUUAUAGAUAAAUCCGUAAAGGGGAGUGCAUUUGGUAAUAGUAGUUCAGAAGAUGAGGAUUAUGAAGUAGGCCUUGAUGAUAGUGUGAGUAGUGAGGAUGAGUUAGAGGAUGCUGAUUUAGUGGAUGAGUUAGUAGAUUUUGAAGGAUCCAGUGAUGAAGAGUUUGUAGCUGCUAGACACAAGUUUAGAGGGGAAAUUUCUAAACCUGUCAAUUCUUUAGAAAGAGUGCAAAGAGAGGCUGCUCAGGGUACGCACGGAGCUCAACAAACAGAUCUGAAAAAUGAUGUUAGGGAAGGAAAUGUAAACUUUGAUUCUAGGGGAUAGUUCAGAUGAUGUUGAGACACCUUCAAGUUCAGAUGAAGAGUUUUUUGGUGAUGAGAGCAGGUUAAGAAAAAGAGGGCCUUUAAUUGGAGAUAAUACAGAUUUUAAAUGCUUUAAAUGGGUUGUUCGGCAAAAGUUCACCUCUAGGCAAAGCUUUAAGAAUGCUAUAGCAAAGUAUGAGAUAUUACAAGGAAGGAAUAUCACAAUAACCUCUAGUAAUAAUCAUAGAAAACAAAAUGUCACUGUGAAAUGUGUUUCAGGAUGCAAAUUUUAUUUGUAUGGUGGAUGGGAUUCAAGGAGAGUUGUGUAUGUUGUUAAAUUAGUUAAUGGUGAGCAUAGUUGUUCAAGAAACAUGAAAAAGAACAGGAAAAUGAAAUCCAGAUGGGUAGCAGACCAAUUCUUAGAGGUGUUCAAGGUUCGACCACAUUGGCCAGCUAAAGAAAUAAUGGCUACGAUUAAGAAAGCCUUUGGUGUUCUUGUUAAUAAGGAUUUUGCUUAUAGAGUCAAGUAUCAUGCACAUCGAAUGUUUCAUGGUAGUAUGCUAGAGCACUACACUAAGCAUGGUAGGUACAUUGAGGCUCUGAAACACAUUAACCCACAAAGCUUGGUGGAACUUGUCACUGAUCCCACGAGAGUUGAUAAUGCUAAUGUUUUUCAAAGACUGCAUGUGUGUUUUGAGGGGUUGAAACAUGGAUGGUUAGAAGGAUGCAGGAAGGUUAUUUGUAUCGAUGCGUGCUUUCUAAAGACCUUUUUAGGUGGUCAACUACUAAGUGCCAUUAGGAAAGACCACAAUGAUCAAACGUACCCAAUAUCAUGGGCCGUUGUAGAGAGUGAAAACAAUGAAAGUUGGGAAUGGUUUCUGCAGAAUCUUCAGAUUUUUCUCAACUUAGGUGAUGGGAACGACUUGGUUAUUAUAUCAAAUGAACACCAGGUUAGUCAGUUGUAGUUAGUUGUAUUCAGUUAGUUAUUUUUAUAUAAUUGUUAUAUUGUCAUUUAUUCUUACACAAAUGUUAUUUUAAGCAAUAUUAAAUGGUGUUGCUAAAGUGUUCCCCAAAGCUGAACAUAGACAUUGUGCUAGACACAUUUACGCUCAUUGGCACAAGUCAUUCAAGGGUAAGGAUUUGAAGCUUCUGUUUUGGAAGGCUAAAGCGUACAGUAAGGCUUAUUUCAAAGAUUCUUUAGUGGAGAUAGAGAAAAUAUUGCCAGCAGCUGUGGAUGGUUUCAAGAGGUACAACCCUGUUUGUUUUUCUAGGGCAUAUAUGUCAUUCACAACCAAAGUUGAUGUCAUUGUGAAUAACAUGGCAGAAACAUUUAACGGAUAUAUUAUCACUGCUCGAACAAAACACAUUAUACACAUGUUGGAAGACAUUAGAACACAAGUCAUGCAAUUAUAUGUUAAAAAAGGAGAUGUUAGUAAGUGGAAAGGUGAUUAUGGUCCUAGGGUUAUAGCUAGACUAGAAAAGGAGAAAGAGAAAGCUAAGAAUUGUGAAGCUAUCCCUUCAACUAAUACGAUCUUCUAGCGUAGUCAUUAUUUGGGUGAUGUUAUGACAGUCAAUUUAGAGAGUAGGACCUGCACAUGUCGGAAGUGGGAUUUGACAGAGUUUCCAUGUCGACAUGCUAUUGCUUGUAUCUCUUUUGUUCUUAAAACUCUCGAAGAUUACAUUGAUCCUUUGUACAAAAAGGAUAACUAUUUGCAGGCAUACGCUUAUUCCAUUCCACCAAUAGAAGGGCCUCGAUUUUGUCCUAGAACUGAUCUUACACUCACACCUCCACCUAUUAAAAUAGGGUCUGGUAGACCUCGCUUGAAUAGGAGGAAAGAACACUAUGAAAGCCCAAAAAAGGUAGGAAGACUGAGUAAGCACGGUAUGAAAAUGACUUGUGGCAUUUGCAAGGUUAAGAGUCACAACAAACUGAAAUGUUCAAAUAAGGGUAGGAUGCCAACUAAUGAUGAACCACCACAACCUCUACGCAAACGGGGCAGACCAAGAAAGGCAUCAACCUCUACAACAACAAUCCCGGAGAAUGUACAAGAAAGAGGACCUCAAACAAUAAGAAUAGGUAGAAAUGGAAGGUCAAUCCAUAGUGGUGUAGGGUCCAGAGGGAAAAGAUCCGGACAAGCAGGGUGCAGAGGUGGUAGGACAUCCACUUCCGAAGUUGCAGGAACAAGCUCAAUAACUCAAGCAUCAUUUGAACAAACUUAAGCAUCAACUCAACCAGCUCAAGAAUCAGUAGCUAAUGUCGUAAUGUAAUGGGUUUGUUUUGAAUUACAAUGUACUGCCAUUAGUAGUUUUGCUGUAAUGUAAUGGAUCUAUUUUAAUUGUUUUGUAUUGAAAUAAUGUACUGGCAAAAUAAUAUUCUGUUUUGAUUUGUUGUCA